AUGUCUUUAGGAAAAUUCGUUACAGCAGUCUGUUUCUUCGGUCUUACGAUCGCCCAAAACAGUUCAAAUAUCAAUCAAACAACCUGUAAUGGCAACACAUACACGUAUCAGGAGCUCGGGGGCUAUGGAUUGAUUCCCGGAGAUGCUCGUGAUAAGUUUGGAGACACGAUUGGAGGGAUUGGGAGUGUAAUUGCAAUUGAUACUGCGACUUGGACUAAGUUGGGGAAUGGAAGUUAUAAGGGAGUUUUGUGGACUUUGCCGGAUCGAGGAUGGAAUACGCAGGGGACACUUAAUCAUCAGUCUCAAGUACAUAAAUUCGAUCUCCUUUUCACUCCUGUGCUUAAUGCAACACUGGCCAACCCAUCAGGGAAGAACUUGCUGUUCACAUAUACUGAUACGGUACUUUUCUAUGGACCUGAUGGGACACCAACCACAGGCUUGGAUGCUGAUGGCUCUGGUGAUGGUUUUGGUAGGAAUGGGACUGGGGGCAAGAGGAUACCGGUCGAUGCAGAAGGUCUAGUCCUUGAUGGCUCGGGCGGUUUCUGGAUGAGUGAUGAAUAUGGCCCUUAUAUCUACCACUACAACUCCACCGGCGUAAUGGUCUCCGCCAUCCGGCCACCAGAUGCCUUCAUACCCAUGCGUAACGGCAGCCGAUCUUUCUCUGCUGACUCCCCAUAUUAUUAUCCUGAUCAAGGCGGCGGCGACAAUGUCUCACCCGCUGACAAUCCUACUAGUAGAGAUAACAACCAUGGAUUUGAAGGUCUCGGCAUAUCCACCGAUGGAAAAACCCUUUAUACGCUACUCCAAGCUGCGAAUAACCAAAAAGGUGGAUUAAAAAGCCAGACUGAACGCUAUGCUCGCUUUCUCUCAUACGAUAUUUCGGAUCCAGCGAAUCCAGUAUAUCGAAGCGAAUACGUAGUCCCACUUCCUUUCUGGACCGAUCCAACAGCAAACGCAAGUAAAACUCCGAAAGUUGCUGCUCAGUCUGAGAUUCAUGCGUUGCCAAAUGGACAAUUUCUGUUCUGGCAAGGGAUUCCAAUGCGGGAAAUGGGCAGAGUACUAGGCAGGUUUGGGGUACAUAAUGGGGGAAUAACAGAUGCGGGGUUGUUGAAUGAGAAGUGGGAGAGCAUGGCGGUUGUACCUGUUGAUGGGAUAGAUGGGGCAGAUGGUGAAUGGUAUAUCUUCAGCUUGAGCGAUAAUGAUUUUAUUACACAAAAUGGGUUUUUGGAUGCAGGCAAAUUCGCGUAUAGUGAUGCUAGUGGGUAUGAUCUUGAUAAUCAAGCUUUGGUCUUUAAGGUGGAGAUCUCGGGUCUUAGUGCGGCUGGGGGGUAUUGGGUGGGUUGA